GUUUACCAGAUGACCCUACCGCCUGCGUACUUGUGACGAGGUUUGGUCGCCUUCUUGUAGGCGCGAGUACAGGGUUGCCUUGACUGGUUGUUGUCUGUCACUUUUCUUUAUAAAUAUAAAUAAGAUCAUGUAUAAUCCAGGACGUAUUCAACUAUUCAAUCUACUGAACGGGAUUUUAUGCGUUUAUAAAUCGCCUGGGUUAAGUGUUGAAAAACUAACCAGAAAUGUGAAAUGCUCAUUGGCCAAUGGUUUGUCACUGUAUAUGAAAUCAGAUGUUUUCCUUCCUAAUAGCUUUUAAUUCACUUCCAGCUGAGAAACAGUCUAUCAGAACAACUAUUCAGACAUCCAGUGAUGUCAACUGUACUCAGCCGAAAAUAAUUACAGAACCUGAUAUUGUUGAUAGUGAUCUUGGUACUUGAGUAAUGCAUUUCAUUUAUUUAUUUAUCUAAUUCAAGUAUUGGGUAGACGUUUUCUUCCAGGAGAUAUUAUGUUAUAUCCUAUUGAUUCCCUUAGUGAUUUCAUGUCUGGUGUGCAAGUCUAUGGCAUUGGAGAAGAUGGUAUUUACAACUAUGCUGAUAAAUUCGAACAAUCUUCUUGGCUUAAAACCUAUCACUUAACAUGCAUGAUGGGACGUGCAUCUACUGAUGGAACAGCUAAUAGUACAACAUUACUAAGAGCUUCAUGGAGACAUGUUCAAAAAUGCAAAAUAGAUCAGGUUCUUAUAGGACUACAAGCUCAAUUCAAUGCUUCUGAAUUAUUACAAGCAGGAUUUCGUCCUAACUCACAAAGCGCAUAUUUAGCACUAUGUGGUCGUGAAGCUGGCAGUGAUCUUCGUCCGGUGAAACCUACACGCGACGUAGAUUAUAAAGGAGAGGAACAGUUACUCUCACCAUGGGAACGUCCAAUGCCGGAUGAAAACCGAAAUCCCAAAACAAUACCUAAUCGUAAAUAUGAGUGGGAAGAAGAAAGAAGACAAAUGGCACCUUAUGUAAACGCAAUGCGUUGUGUGGAUUUUGAUCCUCCAUUUUUUACAAUUGAAAUUCAAGUUAUCCAUGAAACAUUAAAAUUUUUCAUCGAUUUAGUUGGUAAUCUUGGUCCAAAAUUACGUACAGCUACAUUAUUAUCAAAGGCUAGACGUGUUAGACAUGGACCAAUAACAGCAGAAAAUUCAUUACUUAUGAAGCAUUUACAUAGUAUACCUGUCGAAUUUUAUCAUGAAUUCGUUCAGUGUAUUAAUGAUCUUUUAAUGGAAAAUAAAAAGCAUGAUAAACAUCCAUCUCUACCAAUAGUAGAAAUGGAUGUUGAUGAUGAAGAUCCUGACUUGUUAAAACUUUUAAUGAAUCGUACACAAGGUAAAUAUAGUUAUCAUGUCUAUGAAAAUUUGUUUAAAUGUAAUCAAUUAUGUUCAAUGGGUUUUCAGUCUACGGAACAAAAGAAAAAUCGUAUGAUUCCAAUAAAUUUUUAAUAUUUAUUGUUUGUAUAUUCAUUACAGUGUGUAUAUAAUGUUUUAAUAUAUUAAUUGUAUAUACAUUCUG